ACAAACGUCUGUUCGUCUGGUAUUUAAGUCAGUUUAUUAUUUCGUUAGAUUAUUCGUCUCUAAAGGAUACAAAUCACAAUGCAUCUGUCUGUGGCUUUAGUGCUUCUUGUAGUUGCGGGUACGGCCUAUUCGGAAUUAUGUACUAGUACUGACGACUGCAGAAACCAUGGCACCACACGCUGUGAACACAACACGCACGUGUUUUGUCUUACCAGUGUUAACCAGUGUGUAUGUGCGACUGACUCAGUCACAAACGGACAAAUGUGUGGGAAUACUGAUGACUGCCCCAGCUGUCACCAUGGUGACCGCAGACAUUGUGUUGACGGCCACUGUGUUUGCUACAGAUAAGUCCAACAUCAGCAUAGGAAUCAAACAAUAUUCAAAUACAACACGCAAAAAGUAUAAAUAUUGAAUUGGUAUAAAAAUAAAUCUUAUUAAAUUGAUAGUUCACACCA